GUUCAACUGGACGAAGCCUAUACACGCCACCAAGGGGAGCUUAUAGAAGAACGCACGCGCUUGCAGAAGGAGAUUGAACGGCUGCUACUGGAGAACGAGGAGUUGCGAAAGUCCUACCUGGAGCUGCAUAGUAUGUUCGACGGCGGUAAUGUGGCGUACAGUGCACGCAGCCGGCGUUCGGCCAUUGAGAUGUACUCGGAUAUGCUGGACUUACUUUCGAAGUACAACAAGGAUUUCGAUAUCGAG